AUGCUUACACCGCUGCACUUUGCUGUAGUUAAACUGUCUACCGAUGAGAAAAAGGAUACUUCGAUCGUUGAUAUGUUGCUUGCGACAGGCAAGUGCAGGCUUAUGGAAGGCGAGGACGCAGCCAGCACUGUCUUCGGCUACGUACUGCGUAGAUUUGGACGUUGGGAAAACGGAUUGGCCGAGGAUUUAGCACUUCGAAUGAUAGACUCGAUAUCGGAUGUCAACGAAGACCGUUCUGAUGACGGUUGUACGCUCAUCCAUGCUGCGUACAAAGUGCCUGACCUGCUAGACGAGCUACUGCGGAAAGGGGCUGAUAUCAACGCCAAGGACAACUAUGGUGAGACACCUUUUCUCAUGGCUUGUCGAUUGGGACCAGGGCUACUUAAAUUUUUGGUCUCACGAGGUGCCGAUCCAUUCGCUGUCGACAUCGAUGGCCGCUCAGCACUCCACAUCGCUGCUGCCAACGGUCGUAGACUAGUACUCGAGUACCUCCUCAACCUGGACAUUGCGGAAAAAGGCAAACUGGACAUCGAAGCCAGAAACAACCGAGGACAUGCGCCUUUGAUGGUAGCAAUGACAGCAAACCAAGAAGAAGCAGCACUGUACCUGCUCGACCGCGGCGCAGCACCCACCGGUCACCGUUUCGACCGCACAAAGGCAACAGCACUACACUUCGCAGCCAUGACCAGCAUGCACCGCGUCGCAGACCGAAUCCUCGCAGCCCCAGACUCAAUCAACGAAAUCAACAUCCACGACACCAAAGGCCAAAGCCCCUUAGAAAUCGCAUGCAAAGCACCCUCUCCAACCAUCGUCCCCGCCCUCCUCUCCCACGGCGCCCACAUCAACGCUCCCAACCCCUUAACCAACUCCACCCCCCUCCACAUCGCCCUCCAACGCCCCCACCACAUGGCCCCCCGCGACAAACACCACGGCGACCCCGCCCUCCUCCUGCUCAACCACCCAGACAUCGACAUCACCCCCCGCGACUCCGCACUCCGCACCCCCCUCCACCUCGCCGCCCUCCACCACAACCUCCCAGCCACCAAACUCCUCCUCGCCAAAUCCGCACCCCCAAACGACACCGACAUACACGGUAAAUCGCCCUUGUCCUACGCGUCCAACCCGCACAUUGCACUCUUGCUGCUGGACUACGGGGCAGACGUGAACCACGCGGAGCCCAAUGGGUGGACGCCUGUGCACAGGGCGGUGGAGCGGUGCUGGGUUAAUGCUUACGGGGUGUUGGUGAGUAACGGGGCGGAUUUGGAGGCCAAGACCAAGGACGAUGGCGUGAGUGCGAGGGAGAGGAUGGAGAGGAUGGGCGGGCUGGAGAGGUGGAGUAGACGCGAGGACGAGUUUUUGGUCGAGGAUGUCAAGGUGGAGGAGAGGAGGGUGAGGGAGAUGGGGGGGAGAGGGGAGGGUAAGUAA